UCCGCCGCUGGCGCCGACGUUCGCAGCCGCAGCGCGGAGCCACCAUGCGCCUCCCACCAGCCACUGCGCGCUCCCUGAACGUCGGCCGCUGGUGAUGUCGUCUUGCCUGGACCGUGGCGUCAGCGAUGAGGUGGGUGGUGUACCCCUGUUGGCGGGCCAGGCAGCCAUCGACUACACGGUGCUGGCUCUGAUGGUGUUGGGAAACUCGUUCAUCGUGGCGUCCGUAUGCCGGUACCGGCGCCACUACCCGGUCCUCGGGACGGCCGCUUCGGCGCGCUUCGCCGCCAACCUCGCGCUGGCCGACACGUACGUCGGCGUCGCCACCGGCUACUUCCUCGUCUUCCGCUACUUCUGCUGGGCGCAGGACGUGCUCGGGUCCCGGAGGUUCAGCUGCGUGCUGCGCUUCUUCCUCGUGAGCAGCGCCCACAUGACCUCAGCGUACAGUUUGGGAGCCAUCGCCCUGGAUCGCUAUGUGGCUGUCGUGCAUGCCCUGCAAUACAGGAAGAUAAUGAACCUCAGGCGGUCUGCGACGCUGCUUAUUACCGUGUGGGUGUGCCCAUUGGCUACUUGUUCCCCACUUUUAUAUUGGAACAAGUGGACGGAUGGUAUCAUCUGCGAGGUGGAGGCUGUUGUUCCUGUAGAGUUUGUGACGGCUAUAGGCAUGUUGACGCAUGCCAGUAUCAUUAUAACCGUCACCGUUAUUCAUUACCGUGUUCACAGGGAGGCAGUGGCUGUGAAAAAGAGGCGGCGCUGCGACGAAUCGCAGCAGGUGAUCUUCACAGUUCGCUGCCCGGAUGGCAACCACCUUUCUGCUCCGAGAGCCAUAAAUACUAAGUCUGCUAGAAUUGUUCUAUACGUGACGGGGGUGUACCUCUUCUCCUGGGCUCCUUAUACGGUCCUAUAUAUAAUUAAGUCAUGUGGCUAUUCUUCUCCAGAAAUUAAUGUCAUUUAUCGUCUCUGCUUCUCGUUUGCUAACAUAAAUUACCUUAUCAACCCAUUCUUGUAUUCGUGGAAUAAUUCUGCCGUUAGAAAAUCCAUCAUUAGUUCUCUUAAAUGUUUGGGUGUACUGAAUAAACAGAAAAAUGACGUAGGUAGUAGAAGUUCUUCAUCACGAAUCAGUAGUGCCGUUCCAAGCGGUCCUUCGGUACACUGUAUAAGAUGAGUGAUUUCUAAUUUAGGCUAUAUAUCACCACAGUCAGAGACAAAAAGUAUUUAUUAUUCCUGAGUUAACUAUGUGUUUUUUCGGAAUGAAUUAUUUCUGAUUCGUGUAUGACACAAUGAAUAUCACACAAUAUCGAAUAAUAAAACUGAAAGAGUGCCGAAAUCUAGUUUCCCGAAAAAACGGUGCUUCCUCGAAAGCCUUCAGUGUAUAUUGCGUAUAUUGCGGGAGGAGUUUAUCUUUUAAUUAAAUGUUUGUCAUAACUAUAGAACAAUAAAUGUUAUGCAACAUUUAAAACCUAAACCGAAGUUUCUUUUUUAGUAUUAGACAUUGCUGAUACGUUUUAUAUCACGACGCAUUUCACCUAAUUGCUGUCAUAUAAUGGGUCUGCCGGCUUUGUCGAACUGUAUGUAAUCUGCGAACAUCUAAAGAUAGCAAAUAACUUUUAUAGCGGUGAAUAUCUUGGGAACAGUGAAAGAUUAUUGGCUGAAGAUAGUUAAAUCAUUUGCGUUUCAAUGUAUAUUUUCCAUUCGAUGAGCAGAAAACAAGAAGUCUACUCGCCCCAAUAAUAGUACAUCUUGAAACAGUAUUUUAACAGUAUUAUGAUUUUGUUACAACUUGAACACAAUAAUAAAGAAAUAUUUUUCUAUUAAGUUUCUAAAGUACUCUUUCUUUCACUAUAUAUAUAUAUAUAUAUAUAUAUAUAUAUAUAUAUAUAUAUAUAUAUAUAUAUAUAUAUCCAGAGAGGGCAUCUAAAAGCUCAAUCAAAUAAGUGUUUUAUCCCCAAUUCACUUUGGCGAAUUCUUUCACUUUAUCCUCUCCCUAAAAGGACUGUGAUAAUAUGGUGGUUUGCAAGAACACAAACAACGCAUUUAUUCCGAUGUAUCAAAUCUGAUCCCAAGCGAAUAUUCACUACAGAGAAAGAUAAAUUUCCUGAACUUUACGUAAAAACAAAGACAUAUUUUAAAAUCUGUAUUAAGCUUUUACGACAUUCAGACGAAACGAGGAACGAUAAUAAGUAUGUCUAAGGUUAGAAAAGUCAAUCAAAUUACAAAUGUUAAUGUUACCAGUAAACGGUUACUGUAAUGAUACUUUCCUGAGGCACUUAACUACUAUAUACGCAAAUCGUCUAUGUUUCCUUCAGAUAACCAGAUAUAUUUCCUUCGAUGUACGUGAUACAUCAGCUUCAUAUGACAGGGAAAAUUAGUUCAAAUUCAGUAUAUCCAAGUUACAAUAACAUGGGCUCUAAACACUGACAAUAUAAGUGAAGGGAAUCUGGUCUAUGGUCGCUUACAUGAAGCACAAUAUUGUACAAUGACUUUUUUGUACAAAGUAAUUAACUGACUAAUAUUGGAAAAGGACUACGGAAAGCUAUCUCAACGACGCUAUGGGAAAAGCUAGUGUGAUGAAGUAUAAACACAAAGUUACAACAAAGUUUUUCCAAAGUGAUUAAAGUGCUGGAAAUGAAACUUAAAUUAAUUAAUGCAAUAAAUUUUAUUCCAAAAUCGUCUGAUUAGUUGUUCUUAAGAAGAGAAUA